CGGCUUCUGGUUUCGUGACGUCAUUCCGGUGCUCCGGUCGCCUCGCUCCCUCCCGGUGCUAACGCCGUCGGGCUUGGCCGUGGGAGCGUAAUGGCGGUGCACCGGGGACCCUCGACGAAAUGGCUGUUUACCCGGGAGCAGCUGGAGAGCACGCCGUCCCGCCGCUGCGGGAUAGAGGCGGACAAGGAGCUCUCCUACCGGCAGCAGGCCGCCAAUUUGAUCCAGGACAUCGGCCAGAGACUCAACGUCUCGCAACUCAUCAUCAACACCGCUAUAGUUUAUAUGCAUAGGUUUUAUAUGAUCCACUCCUUCACCAAAUUCCACAGAAACAUCAUCUCCCAGACCACGUUGUUCCUGGCGGCCAAGGUUGAGGAGCAGCCCAGGAAGCUGGAGCACGUGAUCAAAAUAGCCCAUGCCUUCAUUAACCCGCAGGAGCCGGUCCCUGACUCUAAAAGCAGCGCAUUCCAGCUGCUGGCACAAGAGCUUGUAGCCCUGGAAACAAUAGUGCUGCAAACGCUGGGUUUUGAAAUUACAGUUGAUCAUCCUCACACAGAUGUUGUAAGGUGUUCCCAGCUAGUGCGAGCAAGCAAGGAUUUGGCACAGACUUCCUAUUUCAUGGCUACCAACAGUUUGCACCUCACCACCUUCUGCCUGCAGUACAGGCCAACGGUCGUUGCAUGUGUCUGCAUCCACCUGGCCUGUAAGUGGUCCAACUGGGAGAUCCCGGUGUCCACAGAUGGGAAACACUGGUGGGAGUACGUGGACCGCACCGUGACGCUACAGCUGCUAGAUGAGCUCACCCACGAGUUCCUUCAGAUUCUGGAGAGGACGCCCAGCAAGCUGAAGAGGAUACGAAACUGGAGGGCCAUUCAAGCAGCAAAGAAACCAAAGACAGAAGGCUCGACUGUGGAGAGUGCCUUCCAGGGGACGUCUUUAGACGGCCUCCCUGGCGUUACCAACUCCUUCUUCCCCUCCACAUCAAACUCUUCAGACAUGUCCGCCCUGAGCUCCAUUGCGGGCCCUUACCCCAUGUACCAGCAGCUCAGCGAGCAGUUCUCACAGCCGGCCCACUCGGACUUCACGCUGGUCAAACACAAACACAAAGCUGCGGCCGGGUCGAGCAGCGAGCACGAGCCGCUGGGCGUGAGCGCCGCCACUUUUUCCCGGCCGCAGAAAGUCUUGACUCUGGAGAAGUACCGAGUGAAACAAGCGGGAGAGCUGGCCUUGCAGAACGGCGUGAAGGAGGAGCUGGGCGCUGAGGCCUACGCUCCUCCAGCCGCCUCCUCCCACCACCACAAGAGACGCUCUCAGCAGCAGGCCGGCCAGUCGGGCGACGGCCGGCGGGAGAAGGCCAGCUCCAAAAAGCCGCGGCUCACCUCUGCCUACGCCGAGAACGGCUCCGUCAGCGGCGAGGAGUUCAAAAUGAGGAUCAAGGUUUCGUCGGAUCAGGGCGGGACUCUGUCCGGCAAGGACAAGCACAAAGAGCACAGCGGACACCGCCACUCCAAACACGGCCACUCCCACUCGUAUUCGCUGGCCGGGAACAGCAGGGCGGCGGCAGACGGCGCGUCCUUCUCUGUGCGGGCCCCCGGCGGCCACUACAACGACGGGAGCUCCUCCAGCUCGUCCCGGAAGAGGCAGCACGGCGACGGCCACAACAACCACCACCACCACUCCUCCAAGAGCAGCAGGUCGUCCAAAGGAGGCCUGGCCUCGGCUCACUACUCGUCAGACGGCGGCCAGAGAGCGAUGGAGCUGCAGGGCCACGACGGGACGAACGGCGUGCUGCUGUCCAACGGCCAACACACUGACUACAAAAACACUUUUGACAUGCUGGACUCUUUACUAAGUGCCCAAGGAAUGAACUUGUAACUGUGAGUCCCUAGUGUUAUCUAGGAUAAGGUUUUAUAGUUUAAAAAAAAAAUGAAUUUAUCCGUCUUAAGUUAUCUGCAUCGCCCUCAGUCGUGUCUACACACUGAUUAUUGAUGAUUCCUAUCAAACUAUAGAGCUGUGUAUUAAUUCCUUGCAACACAAAAACCAUGUUAAGAGUUGUUGGAACGCAGCCGGAGAAUGAUUCCUUUUUAAAUGUUAUUUUAAUUCAAAUGAGCUGAAAGGUAUUUUACCGUGCACGUUUUAAGUCACAAAAAGAAGAAGAAGAAAAAAAUAUGGCUGACGUUUUCCCGCCUUUGUGACAGUUUACACUUUUUGUUGUUGUUCAGUUUGUUCCACAGAAAUCUCAGGUCUUAAACAUUUUUGAUAAAAAAGAGCAAAUCUCCCCCUCCCUGGGGAGAUGGAUCGAGCUUUUUGUAUCUGAUCCGGGGAAACACGGUCUGCUUACGUUACAAGAGUGCUUCGGUGAGGCCGGCUCCAUUCGCUAUUUGAAGGUCUGCCUGGACCACCACUGAACCUAACGAGCACCCAUUACAGAGCUACAGACGAAGCUUAUGUUACAACUGCUGUGGAUGUGCAUUGAAGACAUAGCAGCUAAAAUUAAAACAAACAAAAAAAAAAUAUUGUGAUUCUUCUAGUCAAUCGCUAUUCAGUAUGAUAAAUGUUAUUAACUAUCAGAAAAUACAGAUUUCUAAAGUUGUGUGUAUAUAGGACUGUAGUUCAGAAGUGUUGGUUAUUGCAUCAGUCCAAAUGACUCCAUUGUAUUAAGAUCCAAAGCAGACUGUAAUGAAGAACAGAUCCUCGAUUUAUGUAUUGGGAGCCCAAAUAAAAACAUGCAAAACUGAG